CGCAUGCGUGACUGCACAAAAAACGGACCAUCGAAACAGACCGACUUCUACGCUAUAUUACUUUCAAGAGUUAUCUUACCUAAAGUAGUUUGAAAUGUAAUGUAUUUGCCUUAAUCUAUGUUUGAUAUACCUUACAAAAGGCCGUCAUUUUAUAUGACCGUAUUUGUGUGAUCUCUAGUGCAAAUUCGUUCUGUGGUAGUGUAGUUUGUUUGCAAUAUUUGGCAUGUAGCUGGCGGGAAGUGAAAAUGUUAUCAUAUUUAUCUCUUUAAGAUAUUUUCAUCAAUUAGCCAAUGGAAGGUGUCUUUUUAACCAGGGCGUGGCCCGCUUAAUGUUUUUGAGAAUCACGGUCGAUUAAUAUGAGAAAAGUACUUGCACCGGGGGUUUUUCUGGAUGGUAGCGUCCCACUGGAAAGAUCCGCUCGCUCUGACAUUUCCACCACAAUGUCUCAGUCAGAGACGUGUUGCAUUUGUGGGGUGAUGUUUGUGAGGGGGCCCAAGGGUUACAACAGGAGGAAAGUCACCACGCUGACCAGCCCCAAGACCUUCCAGCUCGUCUUUGACAUCACUCCUGAUGACUCAUCCUUCCUCUGCUGGGUCUGUCUUGGUGUGCUCAGAAGGAAAACCAAGCAGGAUGGGAAGCUUUGGACUUGGUCAGAUUUGCCAACAAAAGUUGGCAGACCUCGAAAGCCCCGUGCUGAAAUACCAAGCUCAUCCACAACAUUAUCCAAUCAAACUCCAAUUAUAACCAACCCAUCCUCUUUAUCCAUAGAAGAAGAGUGCAUUGCUUCUAAAAAAAACAAACGGAGGCCAGUUCGUCAGUGGGACGGGGAGAAAUGGACCACCUUGACUUCUCGUUCCCCAGAAUCCCAUUCAACGACCAUCAGACGACCUCAAACGCCCAUAGCCCCAACCACACACUCCUCAACACCAUCAAAUCAAGUAAAUUCCUCAACAUUAUCAAGUCAAACUUCAAAUCACAUCAGUUCUCUGUUCUCCUUUGGAGAGAGGACAACAAAAAGAUGUCCGAAGGCACCCCAAUCUACAACACACUCCACACUCCUGUCUCCGUUCCCCGUUGAAGAAGGUAUAAGACCCAAGAAGAAGAAGCUCCCUUUCUCCAAGACGAAGCAGAGCUAUGGGUUUGGCCCUCAUGCCAAGGCCCUGCAUUACAUGCACAGCCACCAGCACCUGAAGGCCUUCAGGUCCCUGAUGAAGACCAAAGCUAGAGAAGCCAUGACCCUUUUCCUCGCCGAGGUCAUCGCCCAGGAGAGUAAGGUAUUGAUGAAGGACCAACAUGGGCCAUUGCGUCAGCCGCUGACUGAGGCGAGUGUGAGUGGAUUUUCCUGGGACGCGGUUCUAGCGUGGGGGGAAGAAAAGGCCCCUAUGACCCUGGCCUGUCUUAGGGCCAUGUUCCCCAAACCCAACACCAUCAGGACACAGGUUAUGAUGGGAGCAAGGAAAACGAAACGCCCGAGGACAGAAGAGGCGGCAGGUGAUAUGGUCAGCCAGAGGGCGGGGCUUAUCCUGGCCAUCGUCCUCUACACCUCCAUGCAGAAAUGCAACUUCAUCCAGGCCUCUCUGGGGGUCGAGUUCUGGAAACAGGGCUGUCCUCUCAGCGUGUUGAAAGCCCUCAGUGCCCUGGGGGUGUGUCCCAGUGCUGCCUCCACCAGGAGACACGCAGAGAGGCUGACAACCGGCUUUGAUCCUCCUCAGCAGGACCGGACAGAGGGGGUGGUGGUGGAGGAGCCUGGGGACUCCUUUUGUAGAUCUGAGGAUGAGAGUCAGACUCAGAGUUGUUCUGAGGAGUAUUCCAGUUCCUCCCCGACCCACUCUCUGAACUGGUUCUCGGACCAAUCCCACUCCAGAGACGGGUCCUGGUCCGAUCAGAGUUCCAGACCUGACUCCAGGAGCGACGACUACCAAGGCCCUACUCAGAGGCCUGACUCCCGGGAGUACCAGAAUCUGAUCAAAGAACAUGGUUACCACAAAGUCCAGAAACCUACAUUGAGUCGAUGGACAAAGAACAGUGAGGACAAAAGGGAGGCAAAGGAAAAACCUGUUCAAAACCCCAAGAGAAGGAAGAUGACGAAAAAGAAACCUGCUCAAUCGCCUCCAGUAGUAAACACAACUGGUGCGCACCGUUCAGACAUGGAGACUUCUCAAAUAAGUAAGGUAAACAUGGAAGUCGUUCAAACGUCUCAAGUAGACAACACACACGUGGAAGUCGUUCAAACGUCUCAAGUAGACAACACACACGUGGAAGUCGUUCAAACGUCUCAAGUAGACAACACACACGUGGAAGUCGUUCAAACGUCUCAAGUAGACAACACACACGUGGAAGUCGUUCAAACGUCUCAAGUAGACAACACACACGUGGAAGUCGUUCAAACGUCUCAAGUAGACAACACACACGUGGAAGUCGUUCAAACGUCUCAAGUAGACAACACACACGUGGAAGUCGUUCAAACGUCUCAAGUAGACAACACACACGUGGAAGUCGUUCAAACGUCUCAAGUAGACAACACACACGUGGAAGUCGUUCAAACGUCUCAAGUAGACAACACACACGUGGAAGUCGUUCAAACGUCUCAAGUAGACAACACACACGUGGAAGUCGUUCAAACGUCUCAAGUAGACAACACACACGUGGAAGUCGUUCAAACGUCUCAAGUAGACAACACACACGUGGAACUCGUUCAAACGUCUCAAGUAGACAACACACACGUGGAAGUCGUUCAAACGUCUCAAGUAGACAACACACACGUGGAAGUCGUUCAAACGUCUCAAGUAGACAACACACACGUGGAAGUCGUUCAACUCGGCGAUACAAACAAGAAACCUGCUCAUAUAAGUGAGACAAAUGUACAACCUGCUCAAAUGUCUGUAAUGAGCGAGACAAACAUGGAACAAAUUAAGAUUCCUAAAAGAGGCAGGCCAAGGAAGGAACUUGCUCAAAUGUCUGUAAUGAGCGAGACAAACAUGGAACAAAUUAUAAUGCCCAAAAGAGGCAGGCCAAGGAAGGAACUUGCUCAAGUAAGUAAAACAAACAUAGAACACACUCAAACUCCACAAAUAACCGACACACACUUGGGACCUGCUCACAAGCUCAGAAGUCCAAGGAAGAAACCUGUCCAAACACCCCAGGUAACUGACACACAAAACAAACCCAUUCAAGUAAGCAAUACAGACAUUAAACUUGCUGAGACAAACAAAGAAUCUUUUGUACAGGCCAAGAAUGGGAGGCCAAAGAAGGGAUUCGUUCGAAUUCCACAAUUAACCGACACUUGCAUGGAACCCAUUCCGGUAAGCGAGGUAAACACGGACACCACUUUAAUGCCCAGUAGCAUGAGAUCAAGGAAGAGACCCAGACAAGUUCCCCAAGUAUCCGGCACAAACCAAGAACUAACUCAAAUACCCAAAAUAACCAAAACCAACAAGGAACCCUCCGAAAUGCUUCAGAAAAUGGACACACAUAUGGCACCUGCUGCAACAUCUAAAAGAGGGAGGACAAGGAAGGGACCAAUUGAAAUGUUCCAAGAAACCGACUUACACACAGAACCCGGUCUAAUGCCUCAAGCUGGUGAAAUGAAUCAGCAACGUAUCGAAGGACGGGAAAUAAAUAAAGAACCCGCUGAACCCCAAAAACUCGCUAGAAAGGCUAAAGGAAAUCAGACAAAGAAAGUACCUGCAAAGACACCUGAAAAACUAGAUCAAAUAAAAUGUAUUCCAAAGCGCAAAAGAGGCAGGCCAAGGAAAGAACUUGCUCAAGUAAUCAACACACGCAAGCAAACCGCUUCAAUGCAUCAAAUAAGCAAAACAGGCAAAGAAUCUGCUCUGACCCGGGAAAUAAAAAUUAUUGUCAAUAGGAUGGAAAGCUGUAGUGCUGCUGAAAUGCCCCAAAUACGUGAGAUGAACAAUGAACCUGUUCAAGUAAGUGCGGAAAACUUUGAACCUGUUCAAAGACUGAGUGGGGGGUUAAUGGAGGGACUUGUUCAAAUGCCCCAAUUAAGCUGCAAGGACAUGGAACCUGGUAAGUUAGGCAGGACCAUCAUGGAAACCACUUCAACAGCAGAAAGGACUGACAAAGAACCCGUUCGAAGGCCUCAAGCGAAUGAAACCGAAGCAGAAGUUGCUCAAACAUCUCAGAUAAUGGAAACGAUAAAGGAACACAUUCAAGUAACCAACACAGACAAGGAAACCGCUUCCGUGCCCAAUAGAAGCUGCACAGACAUGGAACUUGCUAAAAGGUACAAAAUGAGUGACUUUCAGACCCGGGUAAUAAGAAUAGUUGACACUAGGAUGAGGGCAAAUGAAUCUGUUUCAAUGCUUCAAGUACACGACACAAACCAGUACCCUGAACCUGCUGCAACACCUGAAAUAAGCAACACAAACAAACAACCCACGCGAGUGAUCAGAAUAGUUGUUAACAGGAGGAUACCGGCAGACAUUUGUAGUCACACCCGGAAAAGCCUGGAGUGUCUGGCUGAGGUAGCAGCCAAAUGUGCUCCGUUAGAUGUUCAAUCUGCCGAAGAGGAUGGAUAGAUAGACGCAUGUUACUUAUCAUUAUAACAAACUUCACAACAUGACGUCUCAGGAAGAAAAAAGAAUGUGUGAAAGGGUAUAACCCUAACCUAAGGGGUGGGGAAUAGUCUGCCUCUUGUCUUCUUCUGUAUUCGUUUUACUGUAAGUGUACAUACCAGGCCUUUUGUCUUAUCAAAUGAACAAGGUGGAGAAGACAAUUGCUAUGUACAUAAUCCCAGCAACCUUCUGUGUUUUUGUCAUUGUGUCCACUGUGGAUUUAGUGUAUUUGUUCAUCUUAUCCCAUUUUGUGUUUAGUUGUUCUGAUUGUACUUCUGUGGUUGUUGACAAUGUAAUAAAAAUGUAUGUGUUUUGUACAAAGGGAAUUCCUGCAGUCAUAGUAUCCAUGCUAAUUUCAGGGUACUUGUUUUCAUUACACUUACAAAUGUAAUUUGACUAAAAGCAAAGACUGUGAACCGAAAACAGAUUUGCCCACAAAUCUUCAAACUAGAAAAUAAAUCAUUAGAAAACAACCACAGCGUU